AUGAUAGGUUUCCUACGCUCUGGAGGGCUUUUUCCUCUCACUAGGGAUGCGUGGCAACUUCUCUUGAGGUGUUGGAAGUAUUUUCCCCUGGUCGCGCCACUUCAGUUGGCUCUCCCGGAGUUCUAUCCUGCCGGAAAAACCUCGUACCCUUCCAUCUUCAACGUACCCGGAAAACCGGGAUGGAUUUUCAUGGAGCUCUUCUCUCCGCUCACACUAUUAUACACAAUCUAUACCAAUCCUGAGCGUACCGGCGAGCUUCCAAAAACUCAUGUCUGGCUUACUACUCUGUACUGCAUUCACUACCUCUACCGAGCACUUCUCAGCCCUAUACGAAACCCGUCGAUGGGACCCAUGAACAUCGGCAUGGUUUGCGCGGGAGUUUCGUUCAACAUCAUAAACGGUUCCGCAAUUGGCGGCUGGCUGGGUGGUUAUGGUUCCGCCGCAGAUGUCCCUGGCUGGCAGAUUUCGAUCGGAAGCGCCAUGUUUAUUCUGGGGCUCUGGGGGAACAUGUACCACGAAGAGAUCCUACGAGAAAUCAGAAGAGACAAAUCUUUCGACAAGGAUGCUGAAAAGGAGGGUAGAGUGGUAACGAGCAAUGAGAGAGUCUAUAAGAUCCCCGAAGGCGGUCUAUUUAAAUGGGUUUGGAACCCGCAUUACUUCUCUGAAUGGAUUGAGUGGAGUGGAUUCGCAAUUGCUGGAGGAGGGUUCGCCAACUUUCUUCCUGCCACACUAUUUGUGGCCAACGAACUCGCUACCAUGCUCCCAAGGGCGAUCCAACAAAAGCGGUGGUACGGGGAAAAGUUUAACAAAGACGUUCUCCCAUACAGAAAGGCGGCUAUCCCGGGUAUCAUAUAAACCUCUAUUGCAGAUAGCACCUUUAUGCAAAGAAUUUA